AUGAAGUUCAUCGCCAUCGCCGCUCUCGCCGCCACUGCCCUGGCCAUCCCCAACCCCCCUGGACACGGUGGCAACAUCGACCAGGAGCAGUCCAACACCGUGCAGUCGUGUGGUAAAGCCCAGCUCAACUGCUGCUCCUCUCAGGACAAGACCACCGAAGUCUCCCCUGAUGCCGGCAACACCCUCCUCGACCUCCUAGGCAACAAGGCCGUCAGCGGUCUGCUCGCCAACUACAAGGGCUGCUCUCCUCUCGUCGAUGCCGAUGUUCUUGACAUCACCAAGCUCCUUGAGGACGGACAGUGCAACAACGACUUCGCUUGCUGCAACCAGAACGGCGCCGGCGACACCAACCAGGUUGGCCUUGUUAAUGCUGCCAUCCCUUGCAUUCCCGUCAAGGCUCUCUAA